AUGCCGCUGCCACCUCCAGGCAAGCCCGGAGGUAUCGACGAUCCGCUGAGAAGGGGCCUCAGCGGAGCAGGAGUUGUCGAGAGAGCGAAUACUGCUUUGCAAGGAUCUCCUCAGACUCAGAGUAUUGCUAAAAUAACGAUAGAAAGCAUCAAUUUGAAAGUGCCACAUCUCACACCCAACGAUGACAUAAAGUUGCAGUUGUUGACACGUAUCAAAGCAGAUGAGUCUAUGAUGAUACCGUUUCGCCGAUGGGAAUUGCACGAGCUACCAGCACUCACACAAGGAUCUACCAUAGAAAUCUGGUCCGUCAAGACAUGUUCUGCAUUGGACAGUCCAAGAUAUGUUAUAGUAUUUUUCCAAACGAAAAAAGCCGAUAAUUUGCAUGAAGACGUCACCUUGUUCGAUAAUGCCAACAUCAAAUCCAUACGAUUGGCUCUGAAUAGCGACUAUUAUCCGCAAGAACGAAUGCUAUUGGACUUUUCCCGAGACCAAUAUGCUGACGCUCACUUCAACUAUACAGAGUUCAACAAGAGCUACCAUAACUGUCAAGAAAAGCGCUCUCUAGUAAACUUUGCCGAAUUCAAAUCCCGACCAAUGUUUGUUAUCGAUUGCUCGAGGCGCCAUCUGGGUCUAAAGUCGUCCACAGUUGACAUAAAGAGUCGCGAAUAUGUGAGGAGGGUCGUUUGGCCCUACAUCGUGGUAGAGCAUGAGCCUAGAAGGCUCAUUCUGCUACCCGAUGAGGCCGUCACCCCGGCUACGGUUAGGGUGACCAUUAACCGGCGGACAGGGGCUAGAUCUGUCUCGGUGUAG